AUGCAGGCCCUUCAUACUCUCCUCGUGCGGGACCCAGAGACGGGUGCCACCCCUUCUUGCGAUACCGGAAACGAGUAUGAUGGUCGGAUGGGCCUACGGAUAUCGUCCAUCUUCGUGAUCAUGGUCGGUUCGAUGUUCGGUGCUAUCUUUCCAGUAUUUGCGCGAAACCUCGGCAAAUCUGGAUUUCCCAGAUGGGCGUUCUUCGUGGCUAAAUACUUUGGCUCCGGUGUCAUCAUUGCCACGGCCUUCAUCCAUCUUCUGGCCCCUGCGGAGGAGGCAUUGACCAAUGAGUGCCUGACGGGCCCCAUUACUGAAUACUCUUGGGCGGAGGGCAUCAUCCUCAUGACCAUCGUAGUGCUGUUCUUCGUGGAGUUGAUGGUGAUGCGGUACGCGCGCUUUGGUCAGGGGCAUGCCCAUGAAAUAGACCACGACCAUCCCUCGGAUCAUGGUCUAGAUAGUCCCGCGUCGACAGUGGACCCUAAGAGCCACCUUCCGGGUGAGGAUCAUCUGGGUCACUCCCGCGAACAUCCUGACCCUGAAUCGGGCAAGAAGGACUCGAUCGAGGACUACGUGGCUCAGUUGACAUCUAUCUUUAUCCUGGAAUUCGGCAUCAUCUUCCAUUCGGUGUUCAUCGGCUUGACCUUGGCGGUAUCCGGAGAGGAAUUUGUCACUCUUUACAUUGUCCUGGUCUUUCAUCAGACCUUCGAAGGCCUGGGUCUGGGUUCUCGACUAGCAAUGACACUCUGGCCACGAUCGAAACGCUUCACCCCCUAUAUUUUGGGAUUUGCGUACGGUAUCUCCACACCAAUUGCCAUUGCGAUCGGCCUGGGUGUGCGCAAGAGCUACCCUCCGGAAGGCUACACCACUCUCAUUGUCAACGGAGUUUUCGAUUCCAUCUCGGCCGGUAUUCUCAUCUACACGGCCCUUGUGGAACUCAUGGCGCACGAAUUUAUGUUCAGCCCUUCGAUGCGCAAGGCUCCUAUUCAAAAUGUCCUUGCGGCGUUUGGGCUGUUGUGUCUGGGUGCAUUGCUGAUGGCGUUGCUUGGAAAAUGGGCAUGA